AUGAAAUCAGCAAUCAAAAUGUUAUCUAUCAUCCUAAUCCUAUUAGCAUUGUCAUUUAGUGUGACUAAUGCUGCUUUAUCAUGUUAUUCAUGUACUGAUUGUGGAACUUCAUGGGAUAUAUCUAAAACUACUGUAGUUGCAACAUCCGGUUCCAGUGAUUAUUGUCGUAAAACAGUAACAGGAAAUACUGUUACUAAAGAUUAUGCGUCCAGUUGUACACCAGCUAAUAUACUUGGCAAUGGAAUUUUUUGCUGCCAAACAGAUUUAUGUAAUUCAGGAAGUAAACAAUCAAUAACAAUGAUGAAUCUUGGAUUUUUAACCGCUUCAAUAUGGGCAAUUUAUCAUUAUAUGUAUUAAACUUCAAAAUAUACUAAUAUAAACAUAAAUUAUCUUGAAUAUAUUUAAUAAAAUAAAUAAGAAUAAAACAUUUAUCAAAAUAAUUAUUUUCAUUAGAAAUAGAAAACGGAAAAAAAUACCAUUUAAAAUCGCAUUCAUCUGAUUCUGAUAGAUCAUACAUCCAUUCUCACGUAUCUUCAGAUUUUUAACGACGUAGAAUACUAAUUAAGAAAUAUAUUCUCGAUUGUUUGAAAAACAUUUCAUCCAUUAGUCAGUAUUGAAAGAAAAAAGUCUUGGUAAUAUAUUAUUAAUGGAAAACGUUUAUUUCAAUUUUUAAAAGUAAUUUUCUUAUUGUUCAAAAACAAUAGAUCUCGAUAUUCUAAUAAACGGAGUGCUAAUAGCCA